CAUUCCCUUUCUUUCCUUCCAAAGCCAAAAUUUCUGUAAUUCAAAUUCAAAUUCACUACUCUAGCAAGGCCAUGGCAAUGGAAGUGGAACAAUCACAGGUAGCCUUCCCCUACUGGAAGCCCCUUCUUAGAAAAUUCGAUCCCGACUCUCCUUUCUUCGCUGCUGGAAACAUUGAAAGGGAACUUCUCGCCAAACAGGUUGCCCUUGAUUUAACUGAAGACGAGAAACAUUAUGUUAGGAGCUGGGUAGAUGAAGAUAGCAGGAGUGUUUCAUGCCCCAUUGCUGGUUGUGGUGCACAUCUGACUUCAUUGGAGGAUUUUGAAGAUCAUUACAAUGCAAGGCAUACUGCAUCAUGUUCAGUGUGCUCUAGAGUCUACCCUACAUCACGACUUCUCAGCAUACACAUAUCUGAAGCACAUGACUCUUUCUUCCAGGCCAAAGUUGCACGAGGCUAUACCAUGUAUGAAUGCCUUGUUGAAAGCUGCACUCUUAAGUUUAAGAACUACAAAAGUCGGCAUCAGCAUUUGGUGGACAAGCACAAGUUCCCCACUUCAUUUGAGUUUUUCAAAAAGUCUCAUGCAUCCAAAAAGCUGAGGCAGAAACAGCAACGCAAACAAGCUAUUCAUAAGAAGACAGAUACUUCGAACAUGGAAGUUGAAAAUGAAACGAUUGAUAAUCUUGUUUCUGCUGUAUCCAAACUAAGUACUUCAGAUUCAUCUCCUUCAUCCAUCAGCUUUGGCCGCCGCAACACUCGUGGUUUAACUUUUGUCCCUCGAGCUAUUCAACGUGACAAGAGACCAGGCUCAUCGUCAACUGAAACAAAGACAUAGCAGCUAGAAAACAUACAUACUAUUCAAUUCAAUUUUUGUAUCCAUGAGUGUCUUCUCCACCAAACCAUCUCCCUUGAGAUGUCUUGGGGCUGUAGUUCAUGACAUUGUCCUGUACAUUAGAGUAUAAAGCUCGUUCUGGUUUUGGCACUCUCAUUCCUUGCUUAUAAUGUCUGUAGCAAGCAUAUUAGAUUGCUUUAAUUGUAUUAUGGCAUUUGAUUAAGUGAAUGGAAUUCAUUUUGCCCUUA